AACUCCACCUGCUGUCUUGGACAGGCAAAGACUGUUUUAUCCUCCAGCUCACUGUGCCAACCAUUUACAAAAUUUGAAAGUGAAAGGCAACACAGAGGCAGUCAACUUCUGCUCCACAUCGACUCAGCAGCAGUGUAUAGAAAGAUCUGGCUAUAUGGACAGAAGCUGAUAGACCACUUUGGAAAUAGAGGCAUCCCAAGAGAGUACUCGGAAUAACAUAUUUGCUUCAUAUGACAGGAAAUGAUCUGGCCGUUUUGGUCACUUAUGCUGGAUGCCCUUAGUUUCACAGUGCAACUGACAAAAUGGAUUAUACCUCAGAAGGAGCUGCAACUGAAUAUUCCCUCUGACUUUAGUAAGGAAAGUGCAAGGAUGAAAUCUGUGGACUAUUUGCACACCGUCCAACAGAAGGAUACCACCUCCUCUCCUCCUGCCCCCCAUGCUGUUGGGUUGAGCAACAAGGGACUUUUCUCUGUUGCAUUCCUGUGGCUUGCAAUGCUCCUGUCCUCUUGUCUUGCAGCAGUGUCUCUUUACCAUGUUAUUACACUGAAAGCAGAAUUAGCAACUCUCCGCAGCGAGCUGAUCUACAAGGUUCAGACAAGAUCACCACUAACCCAGCCACUGGUGUCUCUGAACAAGCAUAAAGUGGAUAUCCCUACUUUCUCUUCCUCCUUGCAGAUAGCAGCAAGUACCAAGCAGGAAAACAGGCUGCCUGCUUCUGAGGCAGGUGAAGGUGACCCAAAGAAAGGCUGGAAUGGAGGUAGAACCAGGGAGAGACGGUCACUUCAACCCACAGAAGAAACAGUGCUACAGGCCUGUUUGCAAUUGAUUGCUGAUAGCAAAAGUGGUAUCCAACAAAAAGAUGAUUCAAGCAUUGUCCCAUGGCUUCUCAGCUUUAAACGAGGAACAGCUUUGGAAGAACAAGGAAAUAAAAUAGUGGUCAAGGAAACAGGUUAUUUUUUCAUUUAUGGCCAGGUUUUAUAUACUGAUACAACAUUUGCUAUGGGACAUCUAAUACAGAGGAAAAAGGCCCAUGUAUUUGGUGAUGAUCUCAGCUUGGUGACAUUAUUUCGUUGUAUCCAAAACAUGCCUCAGUCUUAUCCAAACAAUUCAUGCUAUACUGCUGGCAUUGCAAAACUAGAAGAAGGGGAUGAGCUUCAACUUACAAUACCACGGAAAAGAGCCAAAAUAUCACUGGAUGGAGAUGGCACUUUUUUUGGUGCAGUUAGACUCUUGUGAUGCUCUGCAUUUAUACAUCAUGCUUAUCAACAUUUCUUCUCUUUGUGUCAUUGAAAAACAAAUUGAAAUACAAUAAAGCUGCCAAUUCAGUCUUU